GAAGAAGAACGCCCCUUUUGCACAAGCUUGUCCUUCAAUGUAGCUAGCUUAGCAAAGUGGUGUGCUGUCCAUUUUACAGCGCGUUGCCACCAAAACAGCCAAUAACUAACUGGACACUAUACUUGAUAAAUACAUAUUUAUAUAAAUAUACUUUUUGGCAUCAUGGCGGCUAAGAUUUUGCCUGUGCUGAAACUGGCCACCAAGGUGACCAUAGCAGGAGGAGCUCUGUAUGUGGUGUAUGACUCAGGGCUCCUGGGAAACAGUGAGCAGGGCUCAGAGGUCCUGGAGAAGGCUAAGGCUGCAAUACCACCCGCAGCAGAAGAAUGGAUGAAGUAUUUUGGCGUAGAGGCUAAGGUUCCAACUUUGCCUAAAAUUGAAUUUUCCCCUGUUCAAACAUGGAACUCUGGAGUGCGGAAAACUAUUUCAACUCUUUCUGAGGCCCCUACAAAAGCAAGUGAAUACACCAGCCAAAGUCUGCAAUAUUUGAAAGACCUUGUGAAAUGAACUAGGUUACCAUGAAAGACCCUGAACCUUAGUCUUUUUCGUGUUUUUGGAUGGGUCUCGACAUCACUCCAAACUUCAGUAAUUGCAUCUAUACUUCAACAUCACUCAUGGGGGAAAGAAACAACGACCUACAUUAAGUCAUUUGGCUGAUGUGAACUAACAAUAUUGAAUGACAGAAGUCAAAUAUCUUUCCAUUUACCAAGAAAUCUGCCUGAAAAGUUUAAAACAGUUUUUAAUUUAAAAGUAAUGUAAAUCUCCUGAAGAGUACAUUUCUGCAAAUAAAAGUGAAAUUAUGUGGAAGCUAUACAUGAGUUAAUGUGUAUACCGUCAAUUCAUUGUCAACACAUUUUCCUCCAUUCUGGCUCUGAUGUCUUUUAUAAGGAGAAUUGUAAUAUUUUGUAUAUAUUCAAUUUCACUAUUUCUGGGUGUUAAUAAAUAAACCCUGAACAUGUCAAAUGUUCAGUGUAAGUU